AUGACUGGUCCCAAACCCCUAAUCAAGAUUGAGGGCGAUUGCUCCACUAUCCACAAAAAUACUCUCUACGUCUAUUCGCCGACUGGCUUUGCAUCAAUACCUCUCAAAGAGAAUGGGGAAUGGAAGAAACUCCCGUCCCCGUCCCCAGAGCACAUGGUUACCGGCCCUGCCUGCGUCCAGGGUGGGAUUGGAGGGAAUGAAAAUGACGAAGAUGAAAAGGCAUUUUAUCUGGUCGGCGGGACCGGCUCCUCUGGCAGCAGCGGCCUCCAACGCUUUGUGUUCAGUACACAGAAGUGGGAGACAUUAACCAUGGCAUCAACGGCUAUGAAAGAUCGGACUGGACAUGCCGCCGGGUACAUUUCCUCAACAUCGCAAAUAUUGGUUUAUGCAGGAAACACAGAUGGCAGCACACAGAUCUCUCAAUCGGUACUCCUCAUUUCAACAAUAUCAGCCCCAUUUGGCGUGUCGGCCGGGCUCGACCAGGGCGCACCGGCAUUAUAUGAGCCCAUCAUUUUGCCUUGGAGUUCUUCCGAGGUAGCCUUGAUUGGAGGCUCUGCCACGAAUACCGCCAUCUUCAUCUACGACUCCACAAAUAAGAAAGGCUUCACCAUCUCAGAGGCGACUCUUCCCUCUGCAAUCGAAUCUUCAUCUCUAUGCGCGCUCGCCUCCGACUCCGGGACCAAGGUCCUCGAGGAGUUUAAGAUGGUCGCUUCCCCAAAUAGUGUCACUAGCUACCUUCUUAGCUCGAAAGGAAAGGUGCAGAACCCGGUUAAAGCCAUCGCAUCCUCGGAAAAGAGGGAUCUCACCGAUUCUUAUAACGGCACAUACGCACCGACGGCAUCCUGGUCUGAUUAUACGCUCGCCCAGGGUGAUGGCUUGGUAGUUCUCGCUAGCGGCCAAAGUAACAACUCAUUGGCAAUCUUCAACCAGACUUCCAAUGCAUGGGUCAACUCCACAGAGCUGUUCUAUGGAAAAGGAGACCAACAUGUGCUCAAACCAUCCACCACGUCAUUUACAUCAUCUACUUCGACAUCAACCUCAUCCACAUCCACAUCGACCUCGGCCUCAACUACGCCCACUUCAUCAUCACCAGUUGCGGCUGUAGGUGGCGGCCUGACUGAUCAUGGCAAAAUGAUUCUUGGCGCAACUCUUGGGAGUAUCCUAGGGUUUGGCUUGAUCCUACUCAUCAUUCUUUUCCUACUUCGACGCGAGAAGAAGAAACAGGCAGCCGAACCCGGUCGCGGUGGCGAUAACAAAGACCGCCUAAGCUUCCAGGAUCAGGGCAUAGAACCCCUGACCGAAGGCGCUUACCCAAUGGCAAGAUCUCCUGUCCCACUCGCCGCUACUUCGGUCGACUCAUUGGCUAUCAUGUCCGGCAAUUACAGAGGAGAGAAGUCCCUCAAGCCACCUGUUAAUACGGGUUAUGGAUUGUCUUCUCAGCCAAAGAGCAGCAGUCCGCUCUCUACAAUUCCCUCCAGCGGUGUGAUGGGCGCAUCGAGCGUAUACACCGACGACAGCAAUCGGGCUGGCGAUGAUAUCGGGCAUGGAGACAAGGCCGCAGACCGAAUGACUGACGAAGGGUGGGGGAAGUACUUUGAGGACGGCGGUGCCACUAACUUCCAAUCCGACCGCUCGACUAUCAGUUCCGCAUACACCAAGUCCGAUUACCGCGGAAGCGGCUGGCCGAUGACUACCUUGACACCAUUGAAUUUCGGCUUCCUCGACCAACCUAAACCACUCGGUCACGUUCUCAGUGGCAGCCCGACCACGGAAAACGGCCAAUCUGAGAUGGGCAGUCGAAGUCUGGUGAUCCCGGAGAGCCAAUCGGCACGGAUAUCCAGUGCGGAUUCAAUCAGUAUCGCCUCGGACGAUGAGCGCGAUGAUCCGAAGUGGCAAGGUGCGGGCCAGAGCAGUUGGCUUGGACGUCCCACAAGCAGCAACUACACUAACAGCUUCUACCAAUCGAGCACGCAAGAUAUGCCCUGGGAAUCAUCGAAUGCAAGCCCCGGGGAAAAGGCAAGACAGUCCAAUGCACGAAGAUCCAGCAUCAUCAUACCGCACGAUAUCGACGAACUUCCGAUGCAAGGGCAGAAGAACAAUAACACUUCAGAUAUGAGCUGGCUCAAUCUCAAGGCUGAUCGUUAA